CCCGGGGCGCCCCGGGCUUCGGGUCCCGGCUGCCGGCUGCCUGCGGGGCACAGCGGGGCUGAGCGCCUGCGGGGCGGCCAUGGGGUCGGCGCUGCUGCCGGCGCUGCUGCUGCUGGUCGGGGCGCUGCGCGGGGCCGCCGGCGUGCAGCUGCUGCACGAACAGCACGGCGCGUACCGAGGGCCCGGCGGCAGCUACUUCGGCUUUGCGCUGGACUUUCACGUGGAAGGGGGAAGGGUCGGAGUGGCCGUGGGCGCCCCGCGUGCCAACACCUCGCAGCCCAACGUCACCGAACCUGGAGCCGUUUUCCUCUGCUCGUGGCCACCGGGGCCGGCAGCGUGUCAGCUCGUGUCCUUCGACAGCGCUGGGGACGAACAGGAGCUCAGCGCCGGCACGCAGCUGCAGGUUCACAAAUCGCGGCAGUGGUUCGGGGCGUCGCUGCUGAGCCACGGCGGCGCGCUGCUGGCCUGCGCCCCGCUGCAGCACUGGAACGCCGUGCGCGGGCACAGAGAGGCGUUCCGCACCCCGGUGGGCGCGUGCUACGUGAGCGGCGCGGGGCGGCGCGGCCUGGCCUGGAUCUCGCCGUGCCGAGACGUGCGCAUGGCCGCCUCGUACCGGGACACGCAGUACGUGCUCGACCAGCGCUACUGCGAGCUCGGCUUCAGCGCCGCCGUCACCGCGGACGGAACGCUGGCGCUGGGGGCUCCAGGGGGGUAUUACUUCCGGGGGCUGCUGUUCGUGGUGGAGCUCUCCUCCAUCCUCUCCCGUUUCCCCAACUCCUCGCUGCUGUGGCCUCACAGCCCCGGCCGCCCCACAGCCGAGCCGGCGGAUCCCGACUCCACCGACGGCUACCGGGGCUACACCGUGGCCGUGGGAGAGUUGGACGGCGACCCCAAAACCAAAGAGUUCGUGGUGGGGGUCCCCAAUAAGGGCAGCACCAGGGGCGAGGUGGAGAUCUUCAGUGCGGGGCUGGCGCUGCGCCGCGUGCAUGGCAUCCCCAGUGAGCAGGUGGCCUCCUACUUUGGGCACACUGUGGCCGUGGCCGAUGUCAACGGGGACGGGAGGGACGACGUGCUGGUGGGAGCCCCGCUGUUCGUGGAGCGGAGCGCGGACGGGAAGCAGCGCGAGGUGGGGCGGCUCUACGUCUACCUGGGCGGCUCCCGGCGCCCGUGGGAGCGGCGCCCCCAGACCCUGACGGGCACGGAGCCCUACGGCCGCUUCGCCGCCGCCAUCGCCCCGCUGGGGGACCUGGACCUCGACGGCUGCGGCGACGUGGCGGUUGGCGCCCCAUACGGCGGUGACGAUGGCAGCGGGGCGGUGCUCAUCUUCCGGGGGCAGCGGGAGGGGCUCAGCCCGACCCCAGCGCAGCGCCUCAGCAGCCCCUUCCCCGGCCCUGCCGCCUUCGGCUUCGCGCUCCGUGGUGGCACCGACAUCGACGGCAACGGGUACCCAGAUCUGCUGGUCGGUGCUUUUGGGGUCUCCAUGGUGGCUGUGUACAGGGCGCAGCCGGUGGUGGUGGCCCAGGCGCAGCUGAGCGUCCCCAGCGGGCUGAACCCAGGGGUGACAGAGUGCGACCUGCCGGGGAGUGACAGCCGUGUCACCUGCUUCGAGGCGCAGCUCUGUGUCUCCGUGUCGGGACGCCGCAUCCCUCGCAGCAUCCGGCUGGUGGCAGAGCUGCAGCUGGACCGCCUGAAGCAGAGGGGACACCGCAGGGUGCUGCUGCUGCGGGGACAGCAGGCGGCGUGGCAGCGGGAGGUGACCUUGGAGCCGGGGAUGGCACCGCAGUGCCACCAACUGGCUGCGUACCUGAGGGACGAAGGGGACUUCAGGGACAAACUGAGCCCCAUCGUCACCAGCCUCAGCCUGGCGCUGCCGCCCCCAGACCCCGAAGGCCUGGGCCUGGUGCUCUAUGGGGACACCCACGUGCAGGCGCAGACCCACAUCAUCCUGGAGGACUGCGGUGAUGACAACGUCUGCGUCCCCGACCUGCGCCUCUCUGCCCACACGCCGGACGCACGGCUGCGGAUCGGCGAUGACAACGCGGUGACACUGCGGGUCAGGGCCACCAACGUGGGGGAGGGGGCUUUCGAGGCCGAGCUGUGGGUGCAGCUCCCGGAUGGCAGCUUCUACCAGCGGGCGCUGAGUGACACACAGGAGAAGCUGAGCUGCAACCCCAGGAAGGAGAACGGAACCCACGCGGUGGUGUGCGACAUGGGCAACCCCAUGAAGGCGGGCACACAGAUCGCUGUGGCCGUGGAGCUGAGUGUCACCGGGUUGGAGGACGCGGGCGAUGCCAUCACCUUCCACCUGCAGCUCAGGAGCAAGAACAGCCCCAGCGUCACCGCGGCCGUGACCAUCCCUGUGGAAGCGCACGCGGAGAUGGAGCUGAGGGGCAUGUCCCUGCCUGCCACCACCGUGCUGCCCAUGGAGUGGCAGCGGGCUGGGGACAGCCGCCAGCCGGAGGACCAUGGUGUGCGCGUGGAGCACGUCUACCAGCUGCACAAUAAGGGCCCGGCCACCGUCACCAACGUCACCCUGAGCCUCCACGUCCCCGUCGCCGCGGGCGGCCAAAUGCUGCUGUACCUCCUGGAGCUGGGCACCGAGGGUGGCAUCACCUGCGUGCCACCACCAGACCUCAACCCCAUGCAGCUGGAGGUGGCCCAAGGCCCGGAUGUGGGGCAGAGCAACGGGACGAGGCGACGGGAGCGCAGGGAUGUGGGGGACGAGGAGGAGAGCAUCAGUGUGGACUGUGGCAAUGCCACCUGUGCAGAGGUGUGGUGCCAUUCAGGCAGCAUGGCGCAGGGGCAGCGCGUGUUGGUGGCCGUCCACGCGCUGCUCUGGAUGGAAGCCCUGCAGCAGGACGGCCACCCCCAGCACCUCUCCAUCCGCUCCUGGGCCUCCUUCAACACCUCAGCCAUGCCGUACCACGUCCAGCCCCACGUGCUGCCCCACGGCACCGCCACGGCUGUCACCGAGGUGCUGCGCUCCCGGCCCGCUGCCGUCCCGGUGUGGUGGGUGGUGCUGGGGGUGCUGGCGGGGCUCCUCCUGCUCGCCCUCCUCGUCCUCCUGAUGGGGAUGAUGGGGUUCUUCAAGAGGACGCGGCCGCCGGCGGAGGGGGACACUGGGGAGGGGGCAGCAGAACAGGGACAGGGACAGGGCACGGAGAUGGGGGCCGGCCAGGGGUAGGGGAGGGGACACCGUGUCCUGCCCCCCCCCAUGUCCCCCAUGUCCCAUCCCCCAUGUCCCCAACAUCUAUGGGUUCCCAAUGUCCCAAGCACCCUACACCUGCCCCAAU